AAUAAUGAUAGCACGAACCGAGUGAAUCUUGUUUGUAUAUCGGAAUUCAAGUUUGUUUUCAGUUUUGCGUCGUAGGUCAAGUAAAACUGAUCGUGUGUUUGUUUGUCUCUCAGUGUCAAAAAGCCACUGAUUACUACAUUUGGUCAACAUAUUUUGCAUUAAUUUUUGUGCAAUUCAAAUUUCAUUAAUUAUGAAUUGUUGGUGCAUUUUAAAUUAUUUGGUAGUACUGUUGUUACUAUCGGAAUCGGCGUAUGGUGCACAGUCAAGUGCAUUUCGAGAACGUGCAAAAAAAUAUUGUAGAUUGACGAAAAAAUGCAAAGUACGCGAAGAGAAAGAUUAUGACUAUAAAAAAUUGAUGAAAAUCAGUGAUAUUCCAGGAAUUCAACCGUCUGGAUACCUAGUACGAUUACCGUUCUAUGUUUUAGCCCCACGCGAUGCCCACAUUGUAUUUUCACCAACGGAAUUUCCCAAUUGGACUCGUGAUAAUGUCUAUGAAAUAUUGGUCGGGGGCUGGGCAAAUAAUAGAACAUUAAUUCGCAGAAAACGUCAAGACUAUGACAUGACUGUCGAAUAUAAUUUCAACAUUCUACGCAAAGAUAAUCCAUUGAAGCUGCUUAUUGAAAUAUCAAAUGAGGGUAAAAUCCAAGUGUUCAUUGAAUAUCAAAAAGAGCCGUUAGCUGUGGCCGAGGAUAAAAAUGUAUUGCCAGUAAAAUACUUUGGUUUUGCUUCGUAUGACAAUUCGUUGGCCAAAUUUUUCUACAAUUGUGAGGGUGAAAAUGCUUACCAAGAAGAGGAUAUAAAGAAACUGUGCCGAUAUGCUGACGCAACAGAAAACGAAUACAAAGAAUUCUAUAAGAUAACCGAUUUAACUGGCGUUCGUUCAGAAGGCUACAUCAUCAAUUUCCCAUUUUAUAUUCAAGCCGAACGUGACGCUCAUGUUCUUUUGACAGCAGUGCCCAUGGCAAAUCGAGAAGCCAACGAAUAUGAAAUACUUAUCGGCGGAUGGGCAAAUCAACGAGUAAUUGUCCGUAGAAAACAGGGUGCGAAUGUAUUGCGUGAAAUUCAACUGGUUGAUAUUUUGGCGCCUGACAAAUGGAUUGCGUUUUUGAUUCAAAUCACCACACGCGGUGACAUUAGAAUAUUCCGUAAAGAGGAUACACACUCCUUCACAUUGAUGGCAGAAGCGAACGACCCAGAACCAUUGCCCGUGGAGUAUAUCAGUUUCGGCUCAUGGAAUUCAAAUCUGGUGAAAUUCUAUUUUAAUUGUUCGUUUUCAUUUGCCAUUCCGGAUGCGGUUUUCGACAGCACCGAUCAUCCGCUUCUUGCCAGAGAUGUCCCAGCAUCCGUAGAUUUGAGAAAUUUCCUUGUCACAAAAUGUGGAUACUAUUCAAUAUCUGACUAUGACUAUCGUCAUUAUGUGAAAAUCAGUGAUAUUAAACAAUCCCAGCCGGAUGGUUAUAUUUUGCGAAUAAUUUUAUAUAUUCAAGGCGCACGAGAUGCAAAUAUUUUACUCACAACCUCAGAUCAUCCAAACUUCGAAAGAGAUUUUGUCUAUGAAAUUGUGAUUGGGGGCUGGAGCAAUGAGAGAGUGGUUAUAAGAAAGAAGAAAGGUGCCAACGUCUUGGCUGAAGCAUACGAAAGCCGUAUAAUCAAUCAGGAGAAACCGACAAAAAUGCUAUUGGAAGUCGCAAACAGUGGCAACAUUCGAUUGUAUUCGGAAAAGCUGAAGUCACAGCCAAUAAUCACCGUUCUCGAAGAGAACCCAUUGCCUAUUCAAUAUAUCAGUUUUUCAUCGUUUGAAAACUCGGAAGUUCAAUUUUUCUACAAUUGCAGCCACAUUGACACGUCCAAAUACAUUAUGGGCUGAUUCAACGUUAAAAUAUUCAAAAGGCGAAAAUUUGUAAUAGUUUGACAAAAGAAUAAAAGUUUUAUAUUCAGACAAGUUUUCUACAAUAGCUAACAA